AUGGUUGAAGAAUUUUUUACGUCCGAUCGCCCUCGCUACAAAGAAUGUCAGCAGUUUUUCCAAGAGCUCAACCAGAAGAUUCAAGCUGCUAAUAAGCAGAAUCAUAUAAAUAAUGUUGAUAUCGGCACCAUACCAGAGUUGGGCUAUAAUGGCUUAUACAAGACUUGGCAACAGAAAGCAACCAUUGCCGUGAACAACAACUCAGUUCAGGAUUUUUGGAACACCUUCAACCACACCCACAAUCUCCUGAAGAUUUUCAACAAAAGACACUUCCUUCCUUAA